AUGAAGCUGUCUAGGAUCACAUUUGCCACUCUCAGCUUUGCUUCCUGUGGUUUGGCAGCGGACCAAGAUGUUCUCACCAUCUUGAAACAACAAACUGGGAUUUCUACCUUUAUUGGGCUCUUAGAGCAGUUUACAGAUCUGGUCAAUACUUUGAACCAGGGGACCUUCAGUGGUUUGACAAACAAAGUCCCGUUGCUUGCGACCAAUACUAAGUUCCUCGCAGUCCUCAUUCCAAAUGACCAAGCCCUUGCUGCCCUCGGCAAUGAGAAUCCAGAUUUGGCCAACAAUACCGACGCAGUCCGGGCACUGCUAGAAUACCAUAUCGCCCGUGGAACACAUCCAUCCGCCUCAUUUGGCCUACAACCGCUGUUUGCGCCAACCCUCCUGACCAAUCCCAAUUAUACCAAUGUCACAGGCGGGCAAGUAGUGGAAUUAACGGCAUUGAACAAUCUACCCACUAUCGUGAGCGGGGUAAAGGCAGAGUCUCAUGUGGUUGAGGCUGACAUUUUCUACCUGGGAGGUCUCAUUCACAUUAUAGACACAGUGCUCACAAUCCCCAUUUCGUUUCCAGCAACCGUCACAAAGACUGGGUUGACGGAUCUUGUGGCGUUGAUGAGCAUAGGAGGCUUUCUCAGUCCCAGUUCUCCAACAGUCAAUAUCGUGAAUUCGCUUUCGGAUCUCACCAUCUUCGCGCCCAACUCGUCUCAAUUCUCGGCCGGGUUUACAGGAUGGGACGGUCUCUCGCAAACCGAUCUCCUGUCCAUCUUGGAGUACAGCAUCUCUCAGGGAACGGUCUAUUACUCGUCGGCGUUCAAGAACAACACCAAGAUUCCGACGCUGGACGGAAUUUCUGCGACUAUGACCGAGGUUGACGGCCAGGUCUACGUUGACACGUCUCUCAUUAAGACGAGAGACUAUCUCACUUCGAAUGGUGUGUUGCAGAUACUUGACAGUCCUCUCAACCCCAAUACCACCGGACAGCAGCCUCUCUCGACCCCUGCUUCAUCUUCGGACAAGGGGUCUGGCGGCCUCAGUACUGCUGCAGGGGCAGGGAUUGGCAUCGGCAUUGGGGCCCUUGUCCUCGGAGGGGCUCUGGUCGUGGCCCUGUAUAUUCGAACGAGACGCCACCGACGGCUCACACGACUGGCUAGUGGCAACACAGGUGACCUUCCUCCACGAUACGAAUUGGACACCAAAGCUUUCGAAGGGAGAGGCCCAGGUGACAGGAACGCCCCUAGGACCCAAGUAUUUGAAAUCCACGCUCCGUCCAAACCGCCCUCUCCUCUUGAAAUCGACGGCAAUGAGAGGAGCCGGAUCAGUGUUACCAUCCAAGGCACGCCUCCUCGACAUUUGGGGUUCCAGGCUCGCUAUUAG